AUGACGUGCAGAGAUAUUAAAAGAGUGAUCGAGUUACUGGCUGUGCCCAUAAAGAGAAAAUCCAUUGUUGCUGUGAGUUUCAUUGCAGCAUUCCUCUGUCUGAUCAUUGUUCGUCUCACAAAUGAAGUAACUUUCCCUUUGAUCCUGAACUGCUUUGGACAAACCAGAGUCAAGUGGAUCCCGUUUUCUAAUGGCCAAAGGCAGCCUCUGAAAACUCAUUAUGGAUAUAUAAAUGUAAAAACACAAGAGCCUCUACAGCUUGACUGUGACCUCUGUGCCAUUGUUUCAAACUCGGGACAGAUGGCUGGCCAGAGGGUGGGCACCGAGAUAGACAAGUCCUCCUGCAUAUGGAGGAUGAACAACGCUCCCACCAAGGGCUAUGAGGAAGAUGUUGGGAAGAGGACAACUGUAAGAGUGGUCUCUCACACAAGCGUGCCUCUCCUGCUCAAAAAUCCCGAGUACUUUUUCAAAGAAACCAACAACACCGUUUACGUGGUCUGGGGUCCUUUUCGAAACAUGAGGAGGGAUGGAAAUGGCAUUGUGUACAACAUGCUGAAGAAAACUGUUGACAGCUACCCAACUGCCAAAAUCUACGUGACAACGGAGAGGCGCAUGAGUUACUGCGACGCCGUCUUUAAGAAGGAGACAGGAAAGGACCGAGUCCAGUCAGGUUCAUAUCUCAGCACGGGUUGGUUUACCUUAAUUUUGGCUAUGGAUGCUUGCUAUGGAAUUCACGUCUAUGGGAUGAUAAAUGACACCUACUGCAAGUCAGAAGGCUUUCGUAAAGUUCCCUACCACUAUUACGAGCCAGGAAGAGAUGAGUGUGAGGAAUACUUCCUCCAUGAAAAUGCUCCAUAUGGAGGCCACAGGUUUAUCACAGAAAAGAAAGUAUUUGCUAAGUGGGCCAAGAAGCAGACAAUAAUAUUUACACAUCCCAACUGGACAGUGUCUUGAUACUGGUUUACUUAACUCUCCCUUAACAGCAUAUUACAAAAAUGUCUCAGUUUACAAUAGUUUUGCUUACAUCUGGCUGGCCUUUCUCAGCCUAGGUAACACUAAACUAAAAACCAGAAGACAAAGAGGGUGGUGGUUAAGCAAAAUUAAUCAUCUGUGGAAGGCAGACACAUUGUUUGUUAUUUCUUAGGGUUUUAAUCCACACUAUGCACUUUAUACUUUAACUGGAUUUUACUUCAAGGCAGAAGCAGUUAAAGACUGAUGAGAUUUCUUGUGUAUGCAGGUGCACACAAAGAACAUGGUGGUCCUUUGAAAAUUAUCUAUCAUCUUAGAUAUUUAAAAUUAUUUGUAGCUCAUUUGCUGUACUGAAGUGCUAAUUCCAUUUGUGGUAUCAGUAGAAAUUUUUGACGAGAAAUGUGAGAAAAAAUACAGACCUCCAAGGUCCAUGAGUGAGUAAAUUUUAAGAAACACCUGAAUAUAUUGAUAUACAAUAUAUUGUGAGCACUUGCAUAUAUGGUGAAAUUAGAGAUGAGCUAAGCAUGGUUCUUGAACUGUACCCAACUCUUGAAUGGUUCUUGAAUGAGAAGAUAUUGUCUACUUAAGACUGCUGAUUAAUUCAUAACUUCUGAAAUGCAGCUUCCUUCCUGGUCAGUCUGCACCAUCUGGGACUAUGUAGUUUGUGCUUUUUGAAGCUGUUGUCCUACAGUUCAGCUCCAGCAGAAUGACACUUGGCAAAGAUUGUGUUUUGCAGCCCAUGAUGAGCCUUGGCUGUUGUACCAAGCCUGCUGUCAGUACCUGAGCUGGUGAGUGCAAAGUUGUGUCAUGAAUGUCUCAAUUUACUCCAGUUGUGCAUUUGACUUGCUCCAACAUCCAAAUAACAGUCUUUUGACAGUAUUUCCCAUGCAGCCAUCAUAAUUUAUUUUAGAUCUCCAUUUUCUCCAGCUUUAAAAACAAGGAUAGUGUCUAUCUACCUCACAUGGGAGUUGUGAGGAUUAAUUUGAUUUAAUUUAAAACACUUUCCUGAUGCAGAAUGCUCCAGAUCAUUUAUUCUUAACACAAAAACAAUGGUACCUGUCAUUUAUUCUUGUCUGUUGGGUAUUUGAAGAAAGUGACAGUGUGUCUGGCUCUGAUGGCAAAUUGAUCUGUGCAUCUGCUUUCCUACUGAGGAUAAUUUGUAAUACUGAGUUCUAUCAGCUUGCAUUUCUUCAGAUGAAGUUGAAAGAACU